AUGGUAAGAAAAAUAAUCAGCCUUUAAAAAUUUCAACUUUUUGUAAUAUAAAUGCUACAAAUCAACUUUUUAGUUCAGACUUAUUCAUAAAUACCAUUACAAAAUUAUUUUAUUUAUUAACUUGUAUAAGUGAUAGUUCAACUAGUAAAUUAAUUAUUAUUAAAGGUUGGACUAUUAAAAUUUAAUUGA